ACAGGAACUUAGAAGAAGGAGGGAGGAAGUGGGCGUAGAGUUGAGAAAACAGAAAAGGAAACAACAACUGUCAAAGAGGCGUAAUGUUCCUAAUGCUGAACUGUUAAUGCAUGAGCAACAUAAUGUUACAAGUGUUGCAUUACAAGCUGUUGGUGACAUUGUAACUGGUGACGAUAUGAAAACUCAAGUCAACUUGAACUGUUCAGCAUUAACUUGCUUAUUACAUUUACUUGGACAAUCACGAGAAAGUAUCCGUAAAGAAGCUUGUUGGAUGGUAUCUAAUAUAAUUGCUGGAAACCCACAACAAAUACAGGCUGUUAUAGAUGCCAAAAUUUUCCCAGUUAUAAUUAAUAUUUUGGGUAAAGCUGAGUUCAAAACUCGUAAAGAAGAUGCCUGGGCUAUAACCAAUGCCACAAGUGGAAAAACAGCAGAUCAGAUUCGAUACUUAGCAGAUCAAAAUUGUAUUCCUCCAUUGUGUGAAUUGUUCACAGUAAUGGACACAACGAUUAUUCAAGUGGCAUUAAAUGGUUCAGAAAAUAUUUUACGCCUUGGAGAAUAAGAUGCAGUCCAUCACAAUGGAGUUAGUCCAGAUUUCAGUUAUAGAAUGGUGUGCACUUAGAAAGUUUGAACUCAUUGAACUUGAGCAUUCAGAUCCUCGAGAUAUCAUGGACCUUGAAGAGGAUCAAAGUAAAUAUGGAAUAGAUGGUAAUAUUGAAGCUCUAGAAACUCAUAUGUGGCCAAAUAUUAAUCUGAAAGAUUCAAGAAAAACCACUAUUCAAGAGCCUGAACCCAAAGUUAAUAAAGUUGGGGAUCAACUGGAGAAUGUUAGGAUAAAUAACACAUAGGACAUUUCAGAGCGUUUACAAAUGGAGAGUGUAUAAGAUGGAAUUAUGAAUAACGAAUGAGCAAAUUUUGGUAAAUUAUUUAGUCAUUGAAGGGCUUGCAACACAAACAAAGAUACUCCGUGGCUGAUUAUAAAGUCUGAAAAAUUAUGUAUAAAAAUAGUCAUGGUAAAUAUUUUAUGUAAAACUUUAUUAAAAUAAAAAUGUAUUUGAAUAACACUAUUAUAAAUGAUUUUCAUUAAUUAACAAAAUUAUAUUGAUCACUUUAUAUCACAUAAAGGUGAUUACAUUAUACAAACUAGUAUAAUGAUUUUUAUAAUAAAUAAAUAAUACGUCCAUUAUAAACUUAGGCUUUAUAUGAACCGUUGAGUUCUAUUAUUAGUUACAAUUAGUAUCACACAUUUGAUAUACCCUGACUUUUCAAGUUUUAUUCCAUUCUAAUGAUAAGUUUUGACUGAUGGUGCAUCAUGAGCUGCCACAUGAAUGGUUUGAUUAGAAGCCAAAUCCCAACAUUUGACCAUUUUAUCACAUGAUGCCAUAAAAACUUGUUACAUCCUCAAAAUUACAUUUAAAAUAUAGUAAGCAGUAAAAAAGGCACAUAAAUAUAAUACAUAAAUAUAAUACUUACAUCAUUACUCACAGCAUGUUUUGCAAAAAAAAAA